UAUUUCGUUUUCUUACCGUGCCACACAAAUGUUUUUGUAACGAUUUAUAUUACAAUAAUAGUUUGUGGUUGUAACUAUUAUUGCGAAUAUUGUUUUGCAAUUGCAAUUAAAUUGGUAUAUUAGAUUUUUAAAGGAAAAGUGGAACGAACGGCUUGACUAGUGUCACCCAUAAGUCAUUGCUAGCCAAGCCAAAGUGAAUUAGGUGACGUGAAGCAUUUAUAUAUAUGUAUAUAUUAUAUUUAUCGCGAACUGGAACAUUUUUAAAUAAAUAAGCACCAUUUGCGGCAGGGGCUGUCAUCAAUUGUUCUACUAAAUCAUCUACACAACCGGAAGUUUCAAUAAAGUCGCCACAAACAUAAAAUGGAACGCAAAAAAGUGCUCGAGCUGGAUAAGAUUUGUCGUGUCUGCAUAGCAGAACGUAAAGAUAUGCGUCCGCUGUUUAGUGAGAAAAUCGCAGAAAUGCUAAUGGAAUGCGCUACUGUAAAUAUUGAAAAUACCGAAGGCUGGCCGGAUAAAAUUUGCGUACAAUGUGUGCAUGCCGUAUCGCGCUGCCAUGCAUUCAAGAGGCAAGUUGAACGCAGCGAUAAAGAGCUGAGGGAGUAUAUCAAAAGUUUAACUGUGCGUGUGGUUAUUGAAGAUACAAAUGAAAUGAAGAUGGAUAAGUCACCGCAAAAAAUAUUGUCCCAGAAACCACCAAAAUUACAAUUGAUACAGCCGCAGGCGCAAUUUCAAUUACAGACUCAGCAGAAUCAAUUACAGCUCCCGCAACAGCAAAUAAUUCUUCAACAGCAGCAACAACAACAACACCAACAAACUCAACAAGUGCAGCAAUUACAAUUGCAAUCUCAACAGCAACCAACACAACAGCAGCAGCAGCCGACAAUGAAACGUAAAGCCGUAAGUUCUACACGUAAAGCUCAGCGCGCGUCGAAAAAACCCCAUCUAUUACCACAGCCAUUGCAACUACAACAACAACAACAGCAGCAGCAGCAACAACAACAGCAUCAACAGCAGCAAACAAUGGAACAAGUGUCAAUGCAAACAUUGACACCCACUGUCACGCCACCGCGUACGCAAACACACCAGCCGGCAACACAUCAUUUACAAGCAAACCCAGCGCCGCUACAGCAACAGCCGCAACCACAGCAACUGAUUUCCACAACCGCCUUGCCACAACAAAUUGUACUCCCUAAUGGACAAAUAAUAACUACAGCGCAAAUUGUCACACACGCCGGGCCACCGCAGAUCGCCCAAAUUAUUAGCACGUCAAAUGGUUCGACAGUACAAACAAACCCAGCACCAACAACCGUCACAACCCAGCCACAUUUCACACCCCAGCUCAUACAAACGUCCAGCGGUCAGACAUUACAGCUAAUCCAACAACCGAACGGACAACAAACAUUACAGCUGGUUCAAGUAUUGCCAAGAGCUUUAGCUACGAACACGAAUGGUACAAGUGUAAUGAUGACAACUGCCGAAGAUGGCACCACGACAAUUGUCGACGACGACGCCUUAAUUACGCCCGACGAACAUCAUCUAAUCGAUGACGAGCACGAUAUGGAAGAGGAUGAGGAGCAAGAACAAAUCUGUGAGACAAUUGUGGUGGAAGAUGAUCAGCUGACGCAUCAGCAGUUGCUUGCCAGCCAUCAUAUUGUAGAUGAGGAUAAUUUGUCACAAGAAGCACAAGAACUGGAAUACCUUGAGGAUGUAACAGUGACCACAUCGAAUGCAGGACAUUCACACAAUCAGCAAAAUCAUCAUACCCAGCAUUAUCAGCAGUUAAGUGACUGUGAUGGUGAUGCCAGCCAGCAACAUCAUAUGCAACUGCAUGACGAAGACGAUAUUAUUGAAGAAAUACACAUGGAUGAAGAGGAAAUGCUCGAAGAUGAUGGUACAGAUGUAAUGCACGUGAUGGAAGCGGAAGGCAAUGAAUUUAUUAGCGACCCUGACGAUAGUAGCCAACAACAUAUGGUUAACGAGAAUGGUGAUCCCCUUCAGUAUACGGUGAUGGAGGCAGGCACAGAUGAUGACGAAUUCGUUGAAACCGAUGUGAAAGAGGUUAUGCAAACAGCGUGCAGUUCAGAUAUGCAAACUGUUGUAGAUUUUAAUCAAACGGUCAGCAGUGUAGCAAGUGGAGGUAGUGGUGGUGGUGGUGGUGGUGGUGUUGGUGGCGGUGUCAGCGGUGCUUCUGUAGGUAGUCAAACACCAACGCCCAAGCGUAAUCGCAAAUCAAAUUCAAAAGCGGUAGCAAAUUCACGACAACUCGUUGCUACAGCCUCUUCUAUAGCGACGUCAGGUGCACAGGAGGAUUUAGAAAUCGAUCCUAAGUUUAUAGCGGAAAUCAUAAGUCAACAAACCAGUUUACUUGAUUCGGGACGUCAUAUGUGUAAAUUGUGUCGUCAUGAAUUUAAGCAAUACAAAGCUUUGCAUAAUCACAUGCACCAACAUUCGAAUUGGAUACGUGCGAAUUGCAAGAAGCAACCGCAAUGCGAAACCUGCUUCAAGAGUUUUAAAGGUCCAGGCAUGUUAAAAAUGCAUAUGAAGACACAUCAAUCGGCGGCGCGCACACCCACCUGCAAUAUCUGUAACAAAAGUUUCAAAUCAAAAGCGAUACUCUAUCGCCACCGACAGACACAUCAGUUGCGUUCAUACGCGUGUGCUGUUGACAAUUGUCGUAAAACCUUUUCGAUGCCACAAACCCUGCGUACACACUCCGACAACAAACAUGCCAACUCCCAACAGCCGCGUUUCAAAUGCGGCGAGUGUGGUUUACACUUUGAUGAUGUGGAUGUAUUGCAUACGCAUGUGCAGACGGGUGUACAUGGUGACGCUUUGACUCUGGAGAAUGGCGAUGGCGAAGGCAAUGAUGGUGCCGGUGGCUCUGGUGGUGGCGGUAGUAUAGAUGGCACGGCUUGUAUGGAUGGUAGUAUGUCGGGCAACACAAUAAUUGUUGUUACGCAGGGUUAGUUGCGCCGUUGCUAAGCAGUUGACGCACUCUUUCGGUCUCUCUAUCACAAUACCAGUUUUGUAAAUAUGUAUAAUUGGUUUCCUGUUUGAACAAAAACAAAAAUGCUUUCUCUAUGUGCUAGAUUUAGUGUUUGAUUUGUUAAAAACAAGAUCAACAAAAUAACAUUAGAAUUAAUUAAAUUAAAAAAAAAAUAAAAGUUAGGA